AGGCCACAGCCCAUUCCAGACCGGUCGCCCUCUCCAUCUCCAAACUCACCAAAUCACCCCUUCACCUAAUCCACGACAGCGAGAAACGGCGGUCAGAGGUCCCGCGACCACCAACCAACCCACCCCGUAGCCGCCACCGCCGCCGCCGACAGGGAAUCGACCGGGGCUCUCCCCUUUCCCUUGGAGCCCCCCCGCGACACCGGCCGACUGCUCCUCGUAACGGCCAUGGCGUCGACGGCGCUCGGUGGUGCGGUUCCCGCGGGCACUCGGUUGGCCCCCAAGAAUGGAGUCCCUGGAUCCAGUUUCAAGCCAUGCAGUAGUCUCAAUGUCAAAACAUCGACUAAGGUUGGAUGCUCAUCACUCCGUGUGAGGGCAUCCAUUGCUUCUUCACCACAAAAAAACUACUCUUCUAAGACAGUAACAGUUAAAUCAGGGGAGGAGGUGCGCAUCGCAGUACUAGGGGCCAGCGGUUAUACUGGAGCGGAGAUUGUCCGUCUUCUAGCGAACCACCCUCAAUUUCAUAUCAAAGUGAUGACCGCAGAUAGAAAAGCUGGUGAACAGUUUGGAUCUGUAUUUCCUCACUUGAUAACACAAGAAUUGCCAAAUCUGGUUGCUAUUAAAGAUGCAGACUUUUCAGAUGUUGAUGCUGUUUUCUGUUGCUUGCCACAUGGAACAACACAGGAAAUUAUUAAAGAUUUACCCCAGCAACUGAAGAUUGUUGAUCUCUCUGCGGAUUUUCGAUUGCAUGACAUCAAUGAGUACGCUGAGUGGUAUGGCCAUUCUCAUAGGGCACCGGAACUUCAGGAAGAGGCUGUGUACGGUCUGACAGAAGUUCUUCGAGAUGAAAUAAGAAAUGCACGGCUUGUUGCAAAUCCAGGAUGUUACCCCACGUCUAUUCAGCUUCCUCUUGUUCCUCUAAUAAAGGCAAAACUGAUCAAACUGAGCAACAUUAUAAUUGAUGCAAAAUCUGGGGUUACUGGGGCAGGGCGUGGCGCUAAGGAAGCAAAUCUGUACACUGAGAUAGCUGAAGGUAUCCAUGCUUAUGGGAUAAAAGGCCACCGUCAUGUUCCCGAGAUUGAACAAGGGCUUUCAGAUGCUGCUGAUUCUAAAGUUACUAUCAGCUUUACUCCAAAUCUUAUCUGCAUGAAACGUGGGAUGCAAUCAACUAUGUUUGUUGAAAUGGCACCUGGAGUGACUGCCAGUGAUUUGUACCAGCAUCUCAAGUCUACUUAUGAGGUUGAAGAAUUUGUCAAGCUGUUAAAUGGCAGCAACGUUCCUCACACACGCCAUGUUGUUGGAUCAAACUACUGCUUCAUGAAUGUCUUUGAGGACAGAAUCCCUGGAAGGGCUAUUAUCAUCUCGGUUAUAGACAAUCUUGUGAAGGGAGCAUCUGGCCAGGCCGUGCAGAACCUCAAUCUGAUGAUGGGAUUGCCUGAGAACAUGGGCCUGCAAUAUCAGCCCCUAUUCCCUUGAUAUGUUGUGUCAGUAUUUGAUGUGUUCUAUUUGGAUGAGGCUUUGGGCCCAACUGCCCGUCCUGUUUUCUGUUGAGAGGCAAAGAGCAAAAAAUCAGACUUGUAACCAAACUUGCUCAAAAGAUGGUUUGUGCUGGUGUAGUUUUUAGAUAUGGGCAGCAAUGGGAAAUGCAAUAAGAGGAUGAACUGAGUUGCUUGGUCUAAUAUAGUCCUGCAUUGCCUUGUUGUUAUGCGAUCAAAUAAAACAGUGUAAAACUCAAUUCAGGGACAUCAACCACCUGCAUUGCCUCAUUGUUAUACUAUAUAUAGUAGUUAGGGCUGUCU